AUGGGGCAGUCGAGUGUCUACAAGGAGGCGUUUGUAACUGCUUUGAAUUGCGGUGGAGGAGUUGCGAACGGUAUCCAAGGUGAAAAACCCUCAGCAGGCGUCAGGAGGAAAGAGUCGCUGACGACGACGACGUGCCCUCGAACCAGUGCACCCACUUUUAAAAGCGGAGAGCGAAGAUCUAGAACAGCCAUUUGCCUUGAGUCUCGCUUUAAAACGCAGAUAAAUGAUGGACGAUGCGACUCGCCGUCGUGGGUCCAGGGAACGGUGCAGGCGUGCGGCCUGGCAGCGCACACGCGGCUAUGUUUCUGGUCGUAUAGGCGAACGCAGGGUCGCCUUACACGACGCAUGGCGCGCUCUAGUAUACAAGGUUUGCGGGACCGAUGGAGCAUUUCGCCGGUGCGUCUGUAUGACGCAUCGUUAUGGGUGGCAAGCGCAGGCGCGGUCGAGACCACCCUCUUAACGCUGUGGAAGGUACUGCGCAGCGAGGUGACCUGCGCUAUGCGCGGCUGCAGUGACGUUCUCUCGAGUCCAUAUGCUAGUUUAUUGGGCAUUCCCCUGACUUUUUUCGGGGCGCUAACCUAUUCCCUUCUUGCAUUCUUUACGUUUCAGGCUCGGCGGGAAAGAGUGUCCAGAAUGACAUCCGGGGCUAGUGCGCAGAACGGUACUGCUCCAGUGGCCGAUGCCGUCGACGCUAUCCCGCUCGAUGCAAUAUCUUUCCGAUUGUUUGGGCGACAAGUUCGACUGCAGGGGAUAUCGUACCAAGAUCUUAUGUUUGGUGCGUCGACCUUUAUGCUGGUAUUCAGCGGCUACCUUGUAUGGUUGCUGGUCUUCGAACUGCAAGCAGUUUGCCCGUGGUGCAUAUUCUCCGCCGCGAGCUCCGUCAUCCUCUUUACGCUCGCCUGUGCGAUCGAGAAUGCUUUUUAUCAAGGUGAACGUUAUCGAAGAUGGAGCCGACUCUUCUGGGUCGCCGGAUGCUCCACUGUGCUUUCGCUUUCAAGUGCAGCAGCUGCCUACGCAGCUGCACAGUGGAGUAUGCGAGUGACAGCUACGGUUUCCGCGAGUGAGCUGUAUGCGCCGCCACCAAUCGAAAGCCAUUCUUCUGAGUCGGCUGUGGCGCUCGCGAAACACCUCAGGUCCCUGGGCGCCCGAAUGUACGGUGCGUACUGGUGCGAGCACUGCCACGCACAAAAAGAGCUUUUCGGCCGCGAAGCCUUCUCUCACAUCGAGUACAUAGAAUGUUCCAAGUACGGGGUGAACGGAAAAAUGAAUCUGUGCAGAAAGCGGCACGUUCCGGGAUAUCCAACGUGGGAAAUCCGCGGGGAGCUGUAUCCGGGAAAGAAAUCCCUCGAUGAGCUCAAGGAAAUCAGCGGGUACACUGGCCCGUAG